UUUAAAUACACCAGUUACAUGAUUUAACUCAAAACUUAAAUCAUGUUUGAUUGGUAGACGAACAGGCUGCGCCUGCGCUCUGAGCAUAUGGUUUUUUCUGCCUAAAAUAUGCUCAUUUCUUGAAAAUCAGCAGCAGCUGCCUCAAAGGGCAGAGCAACGGGGACAGUGAAAUAUCGCUCUGAUUAAGCCUGACAAGACGAACCGGAUAGCCGGGCUGGAAACAGACAGCAGGCUGUCAUUUCCUUACGUGUUUCAUGUUUGAUGUAGAAAGCGCUCUCCUGAUCGCCUUCAGACAGCUCCACGUACUGAGAUGCUCUAUUACAGCGAUGGCGAAGGGUUUUUUUCCACGCGCCUGGGUGAAAAAGUCUUUCUACUUCCAGGCUCGGAUCUCCUUCGUACGGGUGAAGUACCUGUUUCUCACGUGGCUCACCGUACUGGUUGGCAGCUGGGUUCUCUAUGUGCAAUACUCGGCUUACACAGAGCUUUGCAGAGGACAUGAGUGCAAGAACGCCAUUUGUGAUAAAUACAGGAGGGGCAUCAUUGAUGGCUCUGCCUGCAGCAGUCUUUGUGAGGAAGAAACUCUGUACUUGGGCAGAUGUUUGUCCACACUACCAAAUAACCAGGUGUACACAGGAGGCUGGGGGGACCACAGUGGGAUCAUCCGCUGCAGGCUGGGGGAGGUGGUUCACUAUGAGCUGGGCGAGGAACCAGAGCCACGAAGAGAACCCCCAGUGUUUGACAAGCCUAACAGAGGCACUUCUGUGGAGAAGUUUAAAGAGAUGCUCUUCAAUCAUCUUAAGUCCAAGCUUGGAGAAAAUGCAAACCUCCCCAGUCUUCUUGGCCAGAUCCUCUCCAUCGCCGAUGGCAACAGAGAUGGACGGGUGUCACUGCCUGAGGCUCGUUCAACAUGGGCCCUUCUGCAAAUGGAUGAGGUGCUGCUGAGUCUGCUGCUCCAGGACCGUGGACAUACUCCACGCUUCCUUGGCUACUGCGGAGACCUCUACAUGACGGAGCGGAUCCCCAACGCGCCCCUGUAUGGGUUCUCAUUGCCCUGGCCUUUUGUUUCUUGGGUGCCCAGAGGUUUGCAGCGAACCAUGGACCAGUGGUUCACCCCUUCCUGGCCUCGCAAAGCAAAAAUCUCCAUGGGCAUGCUGGAACUUGUGGAAGACAUCUUCCACGGUACCUAUGGGAGCUUUCUGAUCUGCGACCUUGCUGCAUUGCACUUCAGUUAUACCGACCGCCAUGAGCUCCGUCUGACCAACACACAAGUGGUGGUUCCUGAAGAGGAGUUCAGGCGCACCAUAAGAAUCUUGAAGUGUGAGACAGAUGCUGAUUGUGUGUACGGUGUGGACUGCCAAACGUCCUGUGACCGGUCUGAGAAGCGGUGCAGGGAGGAACCCGUCCAGCCAAACUUAGCAAAAGCAUGCAGCGUACUGAAGGACUACAUCCUGCGUGGGGUGCCUUCAGAAAUGAGAGAGGAGCUAGAGAGGCAACUGUAUGCUUGCAUGGCUCUCAGAGGGAAUGCUGGACAGAUGAACAUGGAGCACUCACUCAUCCUCAACAACCUAAAAGCUCUGCUUUGGAAACGGAUCUCGCACACCAAGGACUCAUGAUGUGGGGUGGUGGCGGAUAUCGUUUUGAAACCAUGCUCAUCGGAUCUCCAAAUGGAACCGAGUGGAAACUAUGCUAUGAUGAAUGAGUAGGAUAUAUAAUGGAGUCAUAUCUAUCGCCCUCUACCACUUUUGAACAGAAAUGCACUGAUGAGAGCUUUGGGGCCAAUUUUCAUGCUGGGUUUUUGUAAAGCGUUGUGAUUUCUCUUUAAAAACUAGAGUAUGAGACGAUAUACGGACACAAUUCAAAAUAUGUUUUGCUGUGAGCAGUCAUAUUUUAUAGGAGCAGGGGCAACAGCAAGCAGGUGUAUGAGAGAAGUAGCUGUAAAGCAAGUUUUCACUGUUGUUUCAUAACAAAGAAAAAAUUAUUGAGCAUUUUCAGCUGGCUUUAGCAUCUCAUUAGCGAUUAGUACAGUAUUAAAAAACAGUAGUCUCUGGGUGUAUUACCUUGAGGAUGUACAUCCUUACCAUAACUAUGACAUUUCCAAAUCCAGAAUGUUUCCUUACAGACAGAGGCUGAAAGCUCAAAACGUUGAAACAGAGCACCUUUACUAUAGGGUGUCAAGCCUUCCUGUUGUCUGUGGAAAGUUUCCCUCCAUUUUACCUUCCUGCUGCUCAGAAGAACCAUAGACAACAGUUUCCUUUAUUAAUGGCUUUUUACAUCUGUCGUAUUAUCUGACUGACUUUUAAACACCUCACAAAUAACAAAAUGAUCACCUUUGAGUCUUCUUUACUGAGUGACAUUGUCCAAACCGAAAAGUGUUGUUAUUAGUGCAACCUGGUAACACCGACUGUGUUAGAAAAAAUCGGAUAUUUGAGUUUCUCACCAGUCAGCGCUGGUUAAGCUAAAAAUCAACCAAUUCUAAGUGUAUGUACUUAUAAAUGAGAAAUCCGGUUGACCUACCUCCUCUCUUACUAAUUUAAAAGUCUAGAGCCUAAAACCUUUACCUCAGUGAUUGCAUGUUCUCAUCAGGCAAUUUUAAAACAAGUCAUAGUACCUUAUUGUAAUACAUUGUGUUGUUUACCACAGUGGAAUGUUGUUAUAGACAAACACAAUGGGCUGAUGUUUGAAGAGCUUGGUGACUACUCCACUGAUUUUGCCAUAAACAUCCCACAGCUGA